CUGUAAAAUGGCUGCUGAAGCUUCAUACCUGGAUGAGGAGCUCUGUUGUUCCGUUUGCUCAGAUUUCUUUAAGGAUCCCGUUGUCCUGAAUUGUGCCCACAGCUUCUGUAGAGUCUGUCUGCAGAGGUCCUGGGCACAGAGAAGUUAUCGGGCAUGUCCUUUAUGCCGGAGAACGUCCUCUGUGGAAGAUCCUCCUGCCAAUAUUGCCUUAAGAAAUGUUGUGGAGUCAUAUUUAAAGAAGAAGAGUGAAACUUCGGAGAAGACAGUAUCUCGCUGCAGUCUCCAUGGAGAGAAACUUCUACUCUUCUGUGAGGACGAUGAGGAGCUCCUCUGUCUGGUCUGUCAGACUUCAAGAAAACACAGAAACCACCAGCUCUGUCCAGUGGGAGAAGCUGCAGAGGAUAAGAAGCGUUCCCUCCAGGAUUCAUUGAUUCUGUUAAAGAAAAAGUUGGAGACGUUUACAAAGGUUAAACAGGAGUCUGAGAAAACAGCAAAACACAUCAAGAGUCAGUCCCAGCACACUGAAAAGACAAUAAAGGAUGAAUUUGAGAAACUCCAUCAGUUCCUGAGAGAUGAAGAGAAGGCUAGACUGGCUAUACUGAGAGAGGAAGAGCUGCAGAAGAGUCAGAGGAUGAAGGAGAAGAUAGAAAGCAUCUCCAGACAGGUCUCCACCCUGUCAGAGAAGAUCAGGGACAUUGAGAAAUCCAUGGAAACUAUGGACAUCAUCUUCUUGAAGACAUACAAGGACAACGAAGAAAAAGCCCGGUGCUCACUGCAGGACCCAGAGCUGGUUUCAGAGGCACUGAUAGAUGUGGCCAAACACCUGGGUUCUCUGAGGUUCAGAGUCUGGGAGAAGAUGCUGGGGAUUGUGCAGUACACUCCUGUGACUCUGGACCCAAACACUGCAGCCCCCUGGCUCUCUGUGUCUGAUGAUCUGACCAGCGUGAGAAACACUAUAGUGACACAGCAGCUUCCUGACAACCCAGAGAGGUUCACUUUGUAUCCAAAUGUGUUGGGCUCUGAGGGGUUUAACUCAGGAAAACACAGCUGGGAGGUGGAGGUGGGGUACAAAACUGAGUGGAUUAUAGGGGUAGCAAAAAAGUCUGUUGACAGGAAGGCGUUCGUUACAUACAGCCCAAGAAAUGGAUUCUGGGUUUUAGAUCUGUAUAAUGGUGAAUAUAGAGCAUGUGACUCACCAUCAAUUGACUUGAGACUGAAAAGGACACCGCAGAGGAUCAGUGUGCAGCUGGACUAUGACAGGGGGGAGGUGUCCUUCUUCAACCCCGCUGACAUGUCACUCAUCUACACCUUUAAAGACACAUUCACUGGGACACUGUUUCCAUGUUUUGAUACCGGUUUUAUUUUUGGUAAUUCUGGACCCUUGAAGAUCCGUCCAGUAAAGGUGUCUGUUAGCGUCGACGCUGAUCUGACCCUAUGGGACUUGUACGGUUUUUGACCAGCAGG